AUGGGUGGAAAUAUUUAUGAAUUGGUUAAGCAAUUUUCUUUUUGUCAAGGUAUUAUAGAAAAUCAUAGUGAUCAAUAUACGUACAUGUAUCCAACUGAAUGCAAUGAUAUUAAAGAAUUUUCACAGCUUGUUAAUUUUGAUAAUGAAAAUAAUAUAUGCCGCAAAUCUAUGUACUAUUUAAAUAAAAUACAAAGUUAUGAUUCUACCAUCAAAGUUUCCGGCUGCUUAUACUUGUAUUACUGGUUAUAUGAUCAAUGUAAAGGAAAAUAUGCGAGCGCAGAAAUUUUAGAUAUUUAUAUUAAAUUUAUCAAUAAAUACAACAAAGAAAAUGACCCUAUAUGCAAAGAAUAUGAGAAAAAUAAUAUUUCCAAAUAUGAAUUUAACAAACUCAAAGAUAUAUAUGAUCUAAACGAAAAACUCAUAAACAGUGAUACUAAUUC